AUGGCUCUCCGGAAGCAUUUUCUCUCGAUCGUCCUGUUCCUAUGUGCUUCCGUUCUCCUUUCCGGCCAACAUGCAGACGGUACAGAGGAGCCGAAGGUCUAUAUAGUUCACGUCAAACAGCCGGAGGGCGAAAACUUCUCCGUGGCGGAGCAAUGGGCACCGUGGUACUCCUCUCUGUUGAACGGAGCAACUGACGUAUUCGGACUUGCGUCCGAGCAAGAUACCGCGGCGUCGCGCAUUAUCUACUCCUACCGCAACGUCAUGACUGGCUUCUCUGCGCGCCUCACCGACAAGGAGGUGGAGGCCAUGUCGAAGCUGGACUGGUUCCUGCACGCCUACCCGAGCCCUGUGUACCGUCCGCUGACCACCCACACCCCCAUGUUCCUGGGGCUUAGGUACGGCGGCCACAGCGUGUGGAACGCCACCAACAUGGGCGAAGGCAUCAUCAUCGGCGUCCUCGACAGCGGCGUCACCCCCGGGCACCGUUCCUACGAUGACCACGGUAUGCCGCCGGCGCCGGCCAAGUGGAAGGGGCGCUGCGACUUGAACGCGACGGUGUGCAACAACAAGCUCAUCGGCGCAAGGUCCUUCAUCAAAUACAACAACGUCACGCGCCGGUCGACCGACGAGCCGAUCGAUUAUGAUGGGCACGGCACUCACACGUCGACCACCGCUGCCGGGGCGUUCGUGAAGGGUGCCAACGCCAACGGGAGCGCCAAGGGCGUCGCGUCCGGGAUGGCGCCGCGCGCUCACAUCGCCGCCUACAAGGUGUGCUACGGGAGCCAAUGCCUGGGUCAUGACAUCUUGGCUGGCAUGGACGCCGCUGUCGACGACGGGGUCGAUGUGCUCUCCGUCUCGCUCGGCGGAGACUCUGAACAUUUCCACUCCAACCCCAUCGCGCAGGGCGGCUUCAACGCCAUCAACAGAGGAGUCUUCGUCAGCUGCUCGGCCGGAAAUUCCGGACCGGACCACAACACCCUGUCGAACGAUGCGCCGUGGUUGCUCACAGUGGGCGCAAGCACCAUGGACCGCUCCCUCUUGGCCACGGUGAAGCUCGGGGACGGACAAGAGUUCGAUGGCGAGACAAUGUAUCAGCCGCACGAUUUCGGGUCCAAAAUGCUGCCGCUGAUGUACCCAAAUGGGAAUGAGCAGUCCUCCCUCUGCGUCAGCGGCUCUUUGGAUAGAUUCGACGUACGUGGAAAGAUUGUGUUGUGCGACCGCGGCCGAAACAGUAGAAUCGAAAAGGGUCAAGUCGUCCAGUUCGGCGGCGGCGCCGGGAUGAUACUUGCGAAUGCACCGGUGGACGGGUACACCACCGUUGCCGACCCCCAUGUGCUCCCUGCAUCAAACGUUCCCCAUGCUUACGGACUCAAGAUCAAGUCCUACAUCAACUCGACUUCUUCUCCCACGGCAACGAUCAUCUUCAAGGGCACCGCCAUGAACACGGCCCACUCGCCGGCGAUGGCCUCGUUCUCCUCCCGCGGACCCAGCCAAAUCACGCCGGGGAUCCUGAAGCCGGACAUCACGGGGCCGGGCGUGAGCGUCCUCGCCGCGUGGAAGGACCAGAAGUUCAACAUGAACUCCGGCACCUCCAUGUCCUGCCCUCACCUCUCCGGCAUCGCCGCCCUGAUCAAGAAAGCGCACCCCGAUUGGUCGCCGGCCGCGAUCAAAUCCGCGAUAAUGACGACGGCAUACGUGACGGACAACAGCCGAGGGCCGAUCCUCGACGAGAGACACCUCCCGGCCGACUUCUUCGCGAUAGGAGCGGGACACGUGAACCCUCCGAAUGCCAUCGACCCCGGUCUCGUCUACGACCUCACACCCCAAGACUACAUCCCUUAUCUCUGCGGCCUCUACGACAGCACUUAUGUUCAAGUGAUAGUUCGUAAGCACGUCGAUUGCUCGUCUGUGAAGAGCAUCAGCGAAGGAGAGCUCAACUAUCCUUCCAUAUCGGUCACUCUGCCGGCCAACAGUUCGACGUCGAUCAGCUACACACGGACGGUGACCAACGUCGGGGAGCCCAAGUCGACGUACACGGUGAAGCUUGACGUGCCGAAGGAGGUAUCGGCGGGCGUGACGCCAACAACGCUCUCGUUCAACGAGGUGAACCAGAAGCAAAGCUUCAGCAUCAGCUUCAGGAGGAACGGAGGUGGGUCGGGCGCAGUGCAGGGGCAGCUGCUGUGGGUGUCAGGGACGCACGUGGUCAGGAGCCCGAUCUCCAUCAAGCUGGAGUAAUCCAUGCAUGCAGGGGCGACAAAGGGAACGUCAUCAUAUACGAUGUUCUCUCUCCGGAGAUG